AUGAAAUAUGGCAACACAAUCCCAAAGUUUAUUACUGAAUUGAGCAGAGAGUGCUUCUGUGACUCAGAAAUGACUUCAAUUGACUUACCAAAUUUACUCACAUUAGUGGGCGAAAGGUGGUGUUACAGUCUCCAAAGUGUUACAUUUCCGUCGCAUAUCACAAUAAUAGAAUCUGCAUGUUUUUCACAGUGUUCCUCUUUGAGAACAGUUGAUAUCCCAAAUUGUGAAAGUCUCAUUUUGAAUUGUGCGUUCCUCAGUUGCUCACAUUUGACUUCAGUUUCUAUAAAAGGAAAUGUUCGUGCUUUUGGAAAUUCAUGUUUUUAUUUUUGUGAAUCCCUGGUCUCUAUCGACAUCCCAAGUUGUGUGUCGAAAUUUGAUAAUAAUUGUUUUCGAUGUUUUAAAUUGUAUACAGUGUAUAUAAAUCUAUUUGGUUACGAUGAAGUCUAUAUAGUAAACCUGAAUAUUUAUAUGAUGAUGGUUGUCACCUAUAGAUUGAGCUAUUUAAUAAAAACCAUUGACCAUUUUAUAAUAUAA